GUGCGUCACUCGCUAGCCGGAUUUCGCCGGGAGAUAUGGGUCGGAGACGUGCGACCGGCGGGGAACCGCGGCGACGCGAACUACGCGGGCAGAAGGUUAAAGACCAGAACCCGGCCCGGCGUGAGGAGGAGGAGGCGGAUGUCCUUGAAGAUGAGAAACCCCCAAAGAAGACCCUUCUUUCCAAAAUUUCACAAGGAAAGAAGAGGAGAGGCUGCAGUGAUCCUCGGGGCCCAGCUGAUGAUGGUCCAACAAAGAAGAAAGUAGCCAAGGUGACUGCUAAAUCCAGACACCUCAAGGUUGUAAAGGAUGAAGCCGUUAGUGAUGGGGAAGAUUUCAGGAACUUCCCAGCUGCCCACAAGAAGGCACACCAUCCAAAGAGAGAGGCUACCAUUGACAAAGAUAGCAGUGAAGGAGAAGAUGAGGAUGAAAGUGAAGGUGAUUGGGAAGAGGUAGAAGAACUUAGUGAACCUGUGCCAGGUGACGUUGGAGAAAAUGCAGUCUUCUCUAAAUCUGUUCUACCUAUGAAUCCCGUGGAGAUAGAGAUUGAAACACCGGAGCAGGCUAAAACAAGAGAAAGAAGUGAAAAGGUAAAAAUGGAGUUUGAGACAUAUCUUCGGAGGAUGAUGAAACGCUUCACUAAAGAAGUUCAUGAGGACACACACAAGGUUCACCUUCUGUGCCUGCUAGCAAAUGGCUUCUAUCGAAAUCGCAUCUGCAGCCAGCCAGAUCUGCGUGCUAUUGCCCUCUCCAUCAUCCCAACCCGCUUUACCAAAGUGCCACAGAGAGAUGUGGAUGUCUGCUACCUCUCCAACCUGGUGAAAUGGUUUAUUGGAACAUUUACGGUUAAUGCAGACCUUUCAUACAAUGAGCAAGAUGGUCUACAGACUACAUUGGAAAGGAGAUUUGCUAUUUACUCUGCACGAGAUGAUGAAGAAUUGGUCCACAUAUUUUUACUGAUUCUCCGGGCCCUGGAUCUUCUCACCCGACUAGUGAUGUCUCUACAGCCAAUUCCUCUGAAGUUAUCAGCGGCAAAGGGAAAGAAACCUUCGAAGCAGAGAUCCAUAGAGGGUCCUGGAAGCUCCUCAGAAACUCCCAGCCAUGUUCCAGAAAACCAUACCAAGCCAAAGGCCAGCAAAGGAACUAAACAAGAAGAAACCUUUUCCAAGGACACUGGCAAUCCAGGUGCCAAAGGGAAGAGAGGCAAGGCAGCUACAGGCAGGAAGAAACAGAGAGCACCUUCCUCCAGUGAGGAAACGGGCAAGGGAGAGGAGCAGCAGGAGAACCAGAGAAAGCGGCGUGGGCGGGAGCGGCACAUGACCUCCCGGGUGUCUUAUAAAGAGGAGAGUGGGAGUGACAAGGCCAACAGCGACUCUGACUUUGAGCUCUCCAGUGGGGAAGCCCAUUCUCCAUCUGAUGAGGAUUCUGACCCUGACUUUCUGAGGCAGAAGCGGGCUCCAGCUCCUAAGAGGACAAAGGCAGGGUCCAAGAGUGACUCCCAGACCUCGCGUCAAAGCUGCCCUAAUCCAGCAGCAUCCUCAAGCUCUUCGAGCAACAAGAGAGGCAAGAAAAUUCCCAGUGGUGUUGAGGAGGUAGAAGGAGGGAAAGCAGCUGGUGUCGACCAGUGGCUAGAGGUGUUCUGUGACAAGGAAGAAAAGUGGGUGUGUGUAGACUGUGUGCACAGUGUGGUGGGCGAGCCUCUGACCUGUUACAGAUAUGCCACCAAGCCUGUGACCUAUGUCGUGGGCAUUGACAGCGAUGGUUGGGUGCGGGAUGUCACACAAAGGUACGACCCAGCCUGGAUGACAAUGACCCGCAAGUGCCGGGUUGAUGCCAAGUGGUGGGCUGAAACCUUGAGGCCAUACCAGAGCCCGUUUGUGGAUAGAGAAAAGAAGGAAGAGUUGGAGUUUCAGACAAAACACCUGGACCAGCCUUUGCCCACUGCCAUUGGCACAUAUAAGAACCACCCUCUUUACGCCCUGAAGAGGCAUCUCCUGAAAUACCAGGCCAUCUACCCUGAGACAGCUGCGAUCCUUGGGUACUGUCGUGGAGAAGCUGUCUACUCCAGGGACUGUGUGCACACCCUGCACUCUAAGGACACGUGGCUGAAACAAGCAAGAGUGGUGAGGCUGGGAGAAGUGCCCUACAAGAUGGUGAAAGGCUAUUCCAACCGGGCCCGGAAAGCCCGUCUGGCUGAGCCCCAGCUGCAGGAUUACAAUGACCUGCCCCUGUUUGGCCGCUGGCAGACAGAGGAGUUCCAGCCGCCGGUGGCUGUGGACGGAAAGGUGCCCCGGAAUGAGUUUGGAAAUGUUUACCUCUUCCUGCCCAGCAUGAUGCCUGUCGGCUGUGUCCAGCUAAACCUGCCCAAUCUGCACCGCGUGGCCCGCAAGCUGGACAUUGACUGUGUGCAGGCCAUCACUGGCUUUGACUUCCAUGGAGGCUAUUCCCACCCUGUAACUGACGGGUACAUCAUCUGUGAGGAAUACAAAGAAGUACUCCUAGAUGCCUGGGAAAAGGAACAGGCACUCAUCGAAAAGAAGGAGAAAGAGAAAAAGGAGAAACGGGCUCUAGGGAACUGGAAGCUGCUGGCCAAAGGACUGCUCAUCAGAGAGCGGCUGAAGCUUCGCUAUGGGGCCAAGAGUGAGGCGUCUCUCCACACCGAUGCAGGAGGUGGGCUCUCUUCUGACGAAGAGGAGGGGACCAGCUCCCAAGCAGAAGCGGCCAGGAUCUUGGCUGCCUCUUGGCCCCAAAACCGAGAAACUGAAGACCAGACGCAGAAGCGUUCUAAGAAGACCAGAAGGGGAAAGAAAGAAGCGGCUUCCCAUCUAUUUCCGUUUGAGAAGCUGUGAUGCUAGAAUCUACCUUGUUGUGUGCUCUGCCACUGCAGGCCUCAGCCUGCCCUUGAGGGGUGCCCAGGCCCUCAUGGCAGCAGCUUUAUUGCUGAGAAGGAAACAGAAGCAGCAUGCGCUGCAGACACUGGCCAGAGGACGAAGGGGUCACAGUGAAGUUAUGCCGCAGUGCGGCCUGGCCCCACCCCUUGUUGGAUUCACCCAGGAUAGGGCUUUCACAGCUUUUUGCUACCAAGCCCUAGCCUCUGAGCUAUGAGAAGCUUCCCAAGGAGCCACUCUGCUGCCACCUUGGGCUUAUUCUUCCCAUCUUUGGAAAUGUGGGUCAGCUCUUUUAUAGACACCACUGGGGGCUUUUUAGAUGAUGGUGUGUUGAGGAACACGCUGGUCGUUUCUUGCGGUUAAAUCCUCCAGCUGUCAAACACUGUGCUCGUGCCUCUCUUUUGGACUUUCGCUGAAGGCCACUUAUUUUCCCCCUGAAUCAGGUUCACUAAUACUGCCUAAUGCUGCCUCUUGGCACACAAGAGAGUGAAGGAGAAGCGCAGAUCAUCUCGGCUUGUGGUGUUGGUGGGAUCUGCUCUCUGAGGUAACACCUUGUGGUUGCAGCAGAAUAGAACUAAGAGCUAAAAUCAGGAAAGAAAAGGAAUAACUAAUUGAGAAUUAAGGAAAUGUUAGUAAAAGUAGACCAGUGU